AGAGCAAAGUGCAGCUCUGCCAUUGCCUGCCAGCUCCAGAUUUGCUGAGCGAGUCCCCUGGAGCCAAGAUGGUGGUGGGACCCCGUGCCAUAUCACAACCAAGCCUGGCAGAAACUGGUGGUUGCUUGGUAACGAGGAAUGUUGCUGUUCCUUUUUCCAGAGGUUUAGCAAACAGCUGAAGCAACAAAUUUGGGGAGCAGCGUAUGGUUUGAAAAGAACAAAUAGUUGUUGAAGAAAAAACAAAGAGUGAGACAACAGUGUUACUUGGAUACAGCAGAAGUCAACACAACAGAAGGAAGGGCUAUGAGGAGAAGUAAAGGCAAAAUGUUCAAGGUUUGGAAGGAUCUGUGUUUUUUAGUGCACCUAGUGGUAAUGCAGUUCCAAUCUGUUUGCUGAUCCAGAAGUAUUUUCAAAAUGCAAAGGAUCCAUAUUUACCCAGAAACUUACUGUACCUUAUUGCCAGUGGGGCUCAACUCAGACUCCUUUAAGCGCUGCCUCUGUUCUGGAAAAUAAUGUCAACCCUUAUAACACCAAAACUUUUGGAAUGGCAAGACCAAAAAUUUUUCAGCAAGAUUCUUGGUUAGAAGAAAUGUUCUAUAAGUUACCUGAAACACCAUGUUAUGGGAUAUCCGACCCUAUGUUUCCUCAGAAGGCUGUCAAAACUUACAAGGCUUAUGUCUACCUAUCUCCACGGUACGCUGUGGAACAAGAAGAGAAAAUAACUGUGGCUGAGUUGUUGUCUGGGAUUGACUCGCUGUGUAGAUCUCGGAAGAAUGACGAAAAAAAGGAGAAAUUUUCCUAUCUCAGCAGAUCCCUGGAUUUACCUAGUUCUUCUCCUGGGCCAGGUGAUAUUCCUGGGUUUCAGAUCACACACAAAGGUAAAGCAUACCGGGACUGGAGAGGAAUGGUUGCACCAAUUCCUGUGAAGGAGGAUGAUCAGAUGAGUCAAAAACAUGUGAGACUGAAGAAGAUAGACUUCCAAACCAAGAAAAAGAAAUGUGCUGCACCGGGUGGUAAACUAGAAAGGAAAAAGUUGAGCGAUAAAUGCCUUUCCCUUCAAACCCAGAAGAAGCUAAAGAAGAAUGUAACUCACCCAGAAAUCUCUGAAGCUGUUUGUGAUAGUAGAAAACAUCCUAGCAAUAGAGAAGAACUUAAAGCAGUCAUUUGCAUUCAAAGAUAUGUGAGAGGGUGGCUUUUACGUAGGGCAUAUAAGAGAGUAAAGCUCAAGUCAGCAAGUCAUGGGCUAUCCUUACUAGCAGCUGUAAAGUGCUACCGUAACAUGAUGGCACGCAUUAAACGUCGAGCUGGUGUUUUGGAUCUGUCUACACCACUUCAUUAUUUUGAAUUAGAGGAGUGGAUGGACAAGAAAAAAUUUUAUGAAGCAAUGUUUUCCAAGAGAGUGUUUGGCCAAAAAAUGGACAGAGGUCAUCUACCUGAAUUUUUUAGAGACUGCGGAUAUUUUAUACCUGCCAGUGGAGUACAGCGGAUCUUUCAGCUGGUCUUUCCAGCUUCUGCUACUGCUGUAAGAAACAUCAAAAAGCAUCAAGCCGUUGAAAUGGCUUUCACAUUGUUUCCUCCUCUUGGUGCAAAAGUGAAGAAUGUAAUUACAGUGCCGCUACCAUGGCUGCACCCUCUCAUGGAUGGAAGAGGUGGGUCCAAGAAAUCAGUAUUUUCUCAUCAAAAGUCAAAAAAGCCUGAUUUUCAAGUGUCAGCUGCAUUAGUGACUUCUUCAAUAAGAGAGCAGAAAGAAACACACCUCUCUGAUCAGAAAUGAUGGUACCUCUGCAUGAAAAGGUGGUGAAGUCUUAAGAAAUCGAACUCCAGAGUUGACACAUUCUCUCAUGGGAAAGAAUAUUGCAUCUGAGAAUAAGCAGGACACAAAACUCCUUCCCGUUGAAGACAUCCUCAACUAGAACAUAAUAAAUGUGAAAAUCCA